GUACAGUUACUGACGGCCCGUACCGUGAACGAUCGCCGUCGUCGACCGUCGUCACCGUGUCGUCGUCGUAUAGAGUCGCGGUUUUACCAUGCGCUGCUCUUGAUAAACGUAUGCGGUUAGUAAGUGGCGGCUACUCUUUCUCUCUCUAUCUGUCUGUCUGUCUCUCUUUCUCUCUCUUCUCUUCUCUCCUCCAAACGCUCCUUCCACGAACGUUUCGUUUCAACGAACUCCUGCAUUCACGUCGUUUCUCCAAGGAGGCAAAUUUUCUCCACGUCUCCUUCGCGGAUGUUUCCAGAUCGUUCGCAAUUGUUCUUUAAAAGCGUUUUUCGAGUGCCGAUUAAUCGCGGCUACGACUUAUCUCGCGGACACGGACGAUAAUUAUUCCCAGCGGAGAUCAAAAACAGUGUCGCAGAUCGAUUGCGUUCGAUCGGUUAAAGAGCAUUGGAAGUUAUUGCAGGAGGAACACUUUCUGUCUUUCUGUGCGCCGGAUUCGAAGUAAAAAACGUGGUGAUCGAAAGUCUAGUAUCCAUUGGAUCUGGAUACGAGAACAAAGUAUCGACACUCGUCGACGAUUUCGCGCGCAGUGGGUCCGGAAAUCUGCAAUAUGUCGCGCCAUAUGUUGCGUUCCUCGUCGUGAAAUUAUCGCCUACGUGACUCGUUACGUGGAAAAAUUAUUAAAUCUCGUCUGAAAAAAACCUAUCCUCACGUGGCAAUUAACUUGAUUUCAUUCUAGUAAUUCGAAUCACCCAUCCGUGUCAUCAACGCGCUUUUACGCGUUACGUAUUUAAAAUUACCGAUCGAGGAUUCCAACGCAUUUCCAAUCACACUUGUCGACGCACCCGUAAAAAUUAUUCCGAUUAAUUAAUUAAGAGAUCCCAAGCGCAUUGUAUACAUACAUAUAAAAAUCUGAUUUCCGCAGGCAGAGAAAGGGAGAGAGAGAGAGAGAAAAGGAAAGAAAAGAAAAGAGAGAAGGGAAAAGAGACGCGCGUACGAAGAAACGGGAGAAAGCAGAGGAUCGGUUCGGUUGAUGACCAGGUGUAUCUCGUCGACGUAGUGACAGUGUCCUCGAAUGUGUAUAUGGACGAGGUCGCCACGAUGACCGUUCCACCGACACUGCCGGCCAAGACUCAGCCCCCGAGUCAGGUUGCCCGACAGACUGUGUCAAUCCGAACUGUUUCCAAUCCCCCCACAGCUCCUCUGAGCACAGGGGCCGGAGCAACGGUAUUCGUCGGUCUGGCAGCUCCUGGCGUCGAUUCCUCGGCAGCCUGCAGAAGAAGAAUCCCGGAAGUGCAAGCCGCGAACGGGUACGGUAAGCAGAGUGGCGUGAAGUCGGCGCAGAGCUCUCAGAACCAGCACCAACAACAGCACCACGCGCAACAACAACAGCAACACCAUUACAACAAUCAUUAUCAGCAGCAGCAGCAGGCGGCCCAUGUGGUGAAAAUCAAGAUCAAUCCGGAUGGUGAGAAGAACGGAAGGGUGAUAUCGACCGUACGAUUGACGCUGGACGAGAAGGUGGUCGGGCACGAAGCCGAGAAGGAGAACGGGAUCGCGUGCGAACGUUCGGGCAAGCGUGACGGUGGUGUGGUCGUGAGUGCGACGAAUCUGGUGAACGAGCAGCGUUGUGGAAGUGGCGGUGUCGGUGACGGCUGUGUGAGGAUCAGUGUCGGCUCGAACGCCUUCGAACGCAACAACAAUCACGAUAACAGUAAUUUACGCAAGGACAAGCGCGAUCGGAACCACGAUAACACCGAAGAAAAAGAUAUGGUACUGCACCGUGAAACGUCCGUCGAACCUCCUAUGAACGCCUCCUCCCCCAAUAAUAAUCGUUCCACGGCCUGCUUCUAUUACAACUCGUAUCCCGGCCAAUUGAACGGGAUGGUGAUGUCCAGCGGCCAAUGCUCCCCCAGCGACACGCUGGACAGCGGGACCUGCAGCGACCUGGACGGCACACCGCCACCGCUUCCCAAGAAGAAGAACUCGAGUACGGUUAUCCUGGCCAGCGAUCAGCACAAUCGUACCGGCAGUUUGACCAGCAGCGGAGCGGAAGUGGACAGCGACGACAACGAGAGCAACAUCAGCUGCGAUUCCUUGAACGGUGGCGAGUUGACCGACAGAAUAGCGAACGGUGGCAUUAACGGGAACGAGGCUGGCAGGCCAUCCUUGGAAUUUCCAGAACGAUCGGAGAAUUGCCGUGUGAAGAACGGGGUGGAUCGUGAGAAGUACAGGGACACGGGGAGCGGGACCAUCUUGGCGUUGAACCGGCUCGACCUGUCCACCGAUCAGAACGAGGAAAAUCGAAUUCACGAGGAGGAAUCGAGCGCGGCCGCUUCGAGCCCUGAGAUCGACUCGAGUUCUUGCUCGACCAGAGCUUCCCCCAGCGUGUCUCCCUCGCCGUCUGGGACUUCCUCGUUGUCGAAAGCCUCCUCCACUCCGAGGAUCAGGAGUCCGGUCCUGGCCACCGAGCAGAACGGCAGGCUAUCGUCCCCGGUUGUGAAGGAGUGCACUUACGAGGAGAGGAAGCAGGAGCAGGAGAGGCUGGAGCAAGAAUCAGGUGACGUGGACACCAGCGUCAAUCCUUUGACCGGGAAGAAAUACGUGUACGAGUACGACAGGUUCUAUAAGUUUCACAUAAACGAAUUGAAGGGGAACAAAGACAGUGGUAGGGGUGUGGUGUUAGGCGAUAAGGAAACCGACGAGUGUUUCGCCGGUUACAAGAUCCUCGAGAAGGAAGCCAUACGCAGUGCCAAGGGAACUGUGCGCGGUGUCAAAAACAGGGUUCGCGCUGGGAUCGCGACGUUCCUUCAGAAACCCUCUUCUCAGGCGUACAUAAAGAAGGAAUUGGGUAAAGUGGUAGUGUACACGACGACCUCUGGUAUCGUGAGAAAAACGUUCUACAACUGCAAGAAGGUGAAGCAAAUCCUGAGGACGCACAUGGUCAAAUACGACGAGUUGGAUUUGUUUGGGGAUGCUGAGCUGCAAACAGAGCUGAGAGAUCGCUUGGGCUCCACGGUGAUACAGUUGCCCCAGCUUUUCAUCGAUGGGCAACAUAUCGGGGGAUUCGACACCGUGGAGCGACUCAACGAAUCUGGAGAGCUGAGAGAGAUGCUUAAGCCCUACCAGAGCGAGGACGCCUGCACAGUCUGCCUGUUCUGCGGAGGUUACCAGUGGCAGCUGUGUCCUGUUUGCAACGGAAGCAAGAGAUCCGUUCACCGCAACGACUUCACGGCGGAAUUCGUCGCCUUGAAAUGCGCGAAAUGCGACGUGAACGGUCUCAUCCGAUGCCCCCAUUGCUGAGCAAAAAAGAAAAAAGAAAAAAGAAAAAAGAAAAAAAGAAAAAAAGUAAAACGAGAAACAUCGUCGUCCCUGGCAAUUGGCAUCGAGAGGAAUCCGCUGCCCUUACGCUGCCCUCCCUGUUUAAGACUAAGGUGCUACGAGAAGUAUAUCGCAUGUUGAAUGAACACGUCACGGUGGGUUACACGUUCUCGCGAGAGAUCACGAUUAUUCGAGACCGGCGUGCAAACGCUCUCUUCAGUCUCUUUCUUUCUCUCUCUUCCUCUUUUCGUUUCGUUCGAAAGACGAAAUUGGAGACGAUUCGUGGAAGGGAAGAUUUCGAGUAGGAAGAUUUACGAGAUACAAUGGCGUUCGCACGCACAUAUUUUGAAUAUCGAAUGACGCGAUGAUCGCGAGAUCUCUCGCCAUGUGAAUUGUAAAAUAUCGACUAAUAAAACUUAUCUAUAAUGUUUUGUAACAUGCAAUUCGUGAGUUUGUUUUUUUGUUUCUUUUCUUUUUUUUUUCUUUUCUUUUCUUUUCUUUUUUUCGCAGACCUGUAUUUCUCCUUUCCCACAUUUAAAUUCUUCUACUUCUGUGGCCGAUUUUUUGUGAAUAAGCGAAUUUGGAAGAGCGAUUAUGAUGUAAAGAUGUUUAAAGAUAAUUGAUUUAAGGAUUCGAUUCUUAAUGUAAUUAAUAAAGAAGAAUUAUUGUAUCUUUCUCCACGUAUAUUUAUUUAAUAAACUGAGAAGUGACCUGGAAA